UUUGUGUUUCUUCCCCGGCUACUGCUGGAAAGCCUGCAGCCCGGGAGGAACAAAGCGGUGGUCGCUCAGCAGCUGCGCAAUGCGGUCCUACGGCCACAGGGAGCGCUGUCGGCUCUUCAGACUGACACUCGUUGUGCCCGGCGGCACGUGUCCUGGGGCCCGGGGCGGGGCUUGACAGGGACCAGAGGGCGGCUUGACUCCUACUGCUUCGUGUGGUCGGUGUCCACUGUUUCGUUUGCGGGCCGGCUUCGGCUCCGCACCCCGGCACCAACUCCUGCCGGGGGCCCAGACCGCGGGCAGGUCCUCCAGCGCAGGGCGGCUGGGACCAUGGCCGAGGCGGCGCCCGCUCCGGUCCUUGAGCAGGAUGUACUGUCUGGAUCCUUGAAAGCUUUGCUGACCUCUCCAGCUCUGCAGGUGUCUGCUGAGAAAGAUUCAUGUCUGCACUCCCCAGAGAUCACCCUCUGGACUGUGGUGACUGCCAUUCAGGCUGUGGAAAAGAAGGUGGAUUUGUGCUUGGCCCGAUUAUUCACGUUAGAAGGUCGGACAGGGACAGCAGAGAAAAAACUGGCAGACUGUGAGCGAGUGGCAGUGGAGAUUGAAAACCAGCUGGAGGGCAGGUGGGCCAUGCUGGGCACCUUACUCCAAGACUAUGGGCUGCUCCAGAGGAGGCUGGAGAACAUGGAGAACCUGCUGAGAAACAGGAACUUCUGGAUCCUGCGGCUCCCCCCAGGGAGCAAGGGCGAGGUCCCUAAGGUGCCCUUGACAUUUGAUGAUGUGGCCGUGUAUUUUUCGGAGCAGGAGUGGGGAAAGCUGGAGGAGUGGCAGAAGGAGCUUUACAAGCACGUGAUGAGAGGCAACUAUGAGAUGCUGGUCUCCCUGGACUAUGCUGUUUCCAAACCUGAUAUUCUCUCUCAGAUUGAACGAGGAGAAAAACCGUGCCUUAAGGACCAGUGGGACUCAGAUGAGAAAUUACUAUGUCCUGGAAAACUAAGUACUAGCCUACCUUCUCCAGAGUAUAUUUCCAAGCACCUUCAACCUGCCCAAGGAGAAACAAAGGAAGAACCAAUUCUUACAGAUCAUCAAGAUUCAGAAACACAAGGAAGUCUGAUUGAAUCAAGCUUAACUGAGCCCUCUCCAGCUGGCAUCAAUGUUUUGUCCUCGAUUAAACAGGAGGAAGAACCACCAGAUGGAGAAGUCAUCUUCCCACAGAGAGAAAUCAUGCCCUACCUGAGACUGGAUCAUGGACUUAUGGGCAUCAAAUCAGAGAGUCCAACGGAUGAGACAGUCCCGCAGCAGCUAGACUUGGGGCAGGGCUCCAGCACAGCAGAGCACGGAGUCUCUAAUGGAGGCGGGGAAGACAUGGCUGAGCCAACGGAGCUGAGCCGAGGCCGCCCUGGUCUGCCCAGGGCUCGGGGAAGGGAGAAGCCCUUGCCUCCUGUUGCUAGUGAGCCCCCUCGCAUUCUUCCCCGGCGGAGAGAGCGGGCCUUUCCAUGUCCAGACUGUGGUCAGAGCUUCAGGCUAAAGAUCAACCUGACUAUUCACCAGCGUAGCCACUUGGAGGAUGAGGACUGGGCAUCCCAGAGCAGCUGGCCAGACACGUGGGGAGGGCCUGCUGCCCCCCUGGAGCCAGGGGAGGUGGUGGUGCCAGGCCCCAUCAUUCAGUGGCUCCCUGAGGAACCAGACAGCCACCAGGCCCUGGCUGGGCAGUCAUGCCAGGAGCAGCGCCCUUCAUCCAGCCGGGCAUCCAGGCUAUACCACUGCAGCGAGUGCCUGCGCCUGUUUGAGCAGCGGAAGAGCCUCCUGUUGCACCAGCGUCUGCAUACCGGCAACAGCCAGGGCUGUCCCACUUGCACCUAUUGUGGCAAGGGUUUCCGGCGACCCUCAGAUCUAUUCCGGCAUCAGCGCAUCCACACAGGCGAGCGGCCCUACCAGUGCUCUGAGUGUGGUAGGACGUUCAAUCGCAACCACCACCUGGCUGUCCACAUGCAGACACACUCCAGGAAGCAUCAAGAUAGCCCCCACUGCUCCAGAAAAGGAAGUCUGGCCCUGGCCCGCCCUGGUCCUGCUGAGGAAGGUUGAGCCCAACGGGGCCCCUGGGGUGGGGUAAGCUCUUGUCCCCUUGGAGGGCCCUCCUCCUCCCUAGUGGCAAGAAUCUGCUAGCUUGAUGCUGCUGCUCCACCUGGAGGGAAUGGCAAACCUUCUGUCUCUCCCUGCCUGGCAGUUUUCUCUUUGUUUGGCAGAGCACUUGCCCCAGGACAAUUUAGGAAAGUUUUUCUUUGUACUAGAACAUUGGGCAGGUGACACAUAUUUGGAAUCAUGAGUGUGGUCAGACUUACAUUUUCUAUUUUCCAAGUCUGAACUUGUCCCUCAGGGUCACUGAGCCUCAGAUGAUCAAAGAGAUGGGCUCUUGGGGCAGGGGAGCCUUAUCCCUGGGCACAGUUGGUAGGCUGGAGGUACUGGGACUUCCUCACUCUCCCCAACUUCCAGGGCUUUUCCCACCAGAACUCUGAGAUGGGCCUGGGUGCCAUUUUGUAUGCUCAGUCAUCUGGAGUGAUAGGCAUUUUGGUACAUAGUUUCCUUGAGCAAAAUCACUGUCCUGAUUGUUCUCUUGUUCUGAUGUUUGUCAUGAAAUUCUUUUCCAAUGGAGUUUUUUUUAAUUGCUUGCAUAAGUGGUCUGAGUUAUUUCAAAAUAAUAUAGUAGGGACCUGACACAAGUUGACAUACAGUGCCUCUGUGAGUGAGUGAGUGUGUGUGUGUGUUUAUGUGUGUAUUUGCCAUGCAGUGGUCCUGAUUGUAUGUUUGAGUAGACAGAGGCUGAUACAACAUGUAUGUGGUUCUGAUUGUUUAUAAAUCUAUAUGUAUGUAUAUAAAUGCAUGUACUUUGUGUAUGCACACAGAUAUACCUAUAUAUGUGUGUAUUUGUAUUCACAUACAUGCAUGUCCACACAUAGAAAACUAAAAGAAAGAAAGCUUCAGUCUUUUUUUUUAAGAGAAUUAAGCCUUGAACUAACUAGGAUUCUAGAGCCUGUGAUUACUAUCCUCAGGUGUGGUAUUUGUCCAGCAUUUUCCUUAAAUUUUUUUAUCCAAAAAAUUACAACAUAUCAAUACUACAUCACUACUGGUAAUAAUUAUUUUAUAUCUUUCUAGCUCUUUAUGGUUUAUAAAAUGCUGUCCUUUUGGCUGAGGUAUCUGAGGCAAGAAUCAUCAUCCUCCUAGAGAUAAGGUGAAUAAGGUUCAGGAUAGCCUGACUUAAUUGUUUCCACUAGUGUUUUUUCCACUGUUCGAUGUUAUCUGUUACUUCAUUCAAAUUUGACUUGUGCUUUUAUGGAAAAACCAGAAAGAAUACAGUUCUUCUAGACUAUA